GUUUGCGCCUUGGACAUCAUGUCGCGCAGGAAGCAAGCUAAGCCUCAACAUGUACAGUCGGAUCAUAAUUUGUCUUUAUUGGAAGCCACCGGGGGCACACACCAGGGUAUAGGGACUCCCCCCACCUUGGACUAUUGUGCUCAUGUCUGCAGUAGAUGCUGUGCUGAGUUUGUUGAACGAUCAGAUCUGGAACGACAUGUCAGGGAUUGCUUUUCCAAUCAGUUAGUCCUGAUUGUCAAUGGCAAUGAAGACCUGGUGUCGUCUGCUGAAAUGUUCCCUCUAGCCUCGUCGCCCAGUACACCAGGCGAAACAGUCAACAACUCUGACAUGAAAGAGUGCAGUGAUCUGUUGGAGGAGAAACCAGAGGGGAAUGAAGACUCUAUGGAUGUUUCCAGAAGUAAGAGAAGCAAUGGCCGGCUAGAUAGCACCAGUAGCAGCCGGAGCAGCAGUACUGACAGCCUGACUGAUAUUGUCUCAUGUAUCUCAGUUCUCCCAAUUUCACUACCUCAACCUGGCAACAAACUGUCGGAACAGCAGGGGACAUUAUCAUGGUUCAACAGCAACGUCAUCAUUGAAAACCUAGAGAGCACUAAAGUGGCCGUGGCCCAGUUUUGCCAGCAGAGCCGAUCGGACACCGGCUACAGUGGCAGCAGUAAGAUGGCCGUCUCAUCUCUGAUGGAGAAACUCCUGGCUCUGCAGCUGCAACAGAUCCACCAGUUGCAGCUGAUGGAUCAGAUUUGUCACCAGGUCUUACUGUUUGCCUCCCAGAGGUCAGAGGAAUCAGAGUCUCCAACACAGACACCCACCAGCUGCCCUCAGGGUAGUCUAGCAUCAACGCAGGCCAGCCAGCUGACAACCCUCAGUACUCAUCUAUCCCAGCAGCUAGCUGCAGCCACUGGGUUAGCCCACAGUCUCACCACUCAGUCUGCCAGCAUCAGUCACUUUAAACGAUUAACAGCAACAGUACAGUUACCACAGAGCCCCCUGAGCAGCAUUGUGCACUCUAGCACCGAACCCUUACAAAGCAUGGGUAAACUCAUAGCUUCAGCAGUUAGCAAGCCCCACUCUAGAAGGAAGUACACCCAUACUAAUGGUCUGUACCCUCAACUAAAUGUUUCAGCCCAUACCAAAAUGAACUCACCAGCACUUGGCACAGGUAUCUUGCUAAACCCAUCAAAUAAACCAUGUCUACCUCAGCCACCAUCCAGCAAUCAAACACUCUCUAGUGCUGGACCAAGCAUUGGUGCAAUUGUGGAGGAUCUGAAUGCUUUGACGGCAUUAGCCCAACAAAGGAAAGACAAACCAACCAAUGUGACUUCUUUAGAACGCAAAAUGUCUUCUGAACGGGCUUACUUUAAACACAAAUGCAGGUUUUGCUCUAAGGUAUUUGGGAGUGACAGUGCCAUGCAGAUCCAUUUGCGAUCCCACACUGGGGAGAGGCCAUACAAGUGCAACAUCUGCGGGAAUCGUUUCUCCACCCGUGGGAACUUGAAGGUACACUUCCAGCGGCACAAAGAGAGGUACCCUCACAUCCAGAUGAACCCUUACCCUGUUCCAGAACACCUUGACAAUAUCCCAACCAGCACAGGAAUCCCUUAUGGUAUGUCUAUGCCACCACAAAAACCAGUUACAUGCUGGCUGGAGAGUAAAUCAUCUCUAGCCACCUUGACUACUUCUGUUGGCCGGUUGCUCCCAACUGUAUCGCCCAACUUACCUUUUCUUAUCAAGAAAGAGGAGCAGCCUGUCUCAAUAACCAUGCUUUCCAGUCCAGGCGUACGUGAAUCAUCUAGUGCAGUAAAGUCUACCAAGAGUGUUGACCUUGUAGAGCCUGGAAAAGUCCCCACCGUCCCCACCUUGAAUCUGAAAAGAGAAGAGGUUAAACCCCCUUUGACCUUUGUCUCAAAGAUGAGUUCGAGAAGAGAAGGAUCAGCUGACUAUAUAUCCGCCAACAUCACUUCCAUUAGCACAAAUCCCAUCAAGUUGGAGCAGUUCAAGAUCAAACAUCCCUUUGGAGGAGGAGUCCAUGAUCCCCGACAGACAUCAGAGACCUCAAAACUCCAGCAGCUAGUGGAGAACAUUGACAAGAAGAUUACGGACCUCAACGAGUGCAUCAUUUGCCACCGCAUACUUAGUUGCCAGAGCGCCCUCAGGAUGCACUACCGCACCCACACAGGAGAGCGGCCCUUCAGAUGUAAAGUGUGCGGACGGGCGUUCUCUACCAAAGGGAAUCUGAAGACGCACCAUGCAGUUCAUCGUGCCACGCCGCCACUGAGGGUCCAGCACUCCUGUCCCAUAUGCCAGAGGAAGUUCACCAACGCUGUUGUCCUACAGCAGCAUAUUCAUAUGCACAUGGGUGGCCAGAUUUCCAACACUCCUCUCUCUGAACAGAGCUACCCAAACUCAAUGGAGUCUGGCAGAGGUUCAGUGGAUGAAAGGAAAUUAGAAGAGUUAGAGAACCUUUCUGAUGAUGAUAUGGACUUCAAUGACUGUGGGAUUGCAGGCAUGUCCAGGUUUAUUAACUCCUUAUCUGGCAGUUUGUCUCCUUCUGAUAGUACAGAAGCAGGCUCCUUUGAUGCCCAGAAGAAACUCAACUAUCUUAGGCCAGUGGAGGAGAUGCAGGUCAGCUGGUUUAAGACAAAGGGACUGGCUAAAGAGGAUCAAUAUGCCUAUGACUCAUCAUCUCUUUGCGGUGACCGAAGUGAUGGGAGACUUGCUGUUUCUGAGAAUACAGCUGCAAAGCACUUUUUUUCCCCAAGCGAGAGUGUUCCAGUAUGUUCUAGCCCCACAAGCUAUGAGGAAAGGUACCAGAAUGGUUUAUCCCAGGCACGUAUCAAUCCAAGUCCUCUGCAAUUCACUGACACUGACAUGGCAUCUCUUCACCACCUAAAAUCUUUAAACCCACUAACGAAUCCCACUAAUAUGGUCCACACAUUCUGUGAACAACGAGGCAUUUUUAAGAACACUGCAUGCAAUAUUUGCAGCAAGACAUUUGCCUGCCAAAGUGCCUUGGAUAUCCAUUAUCGAAGCCAUACCAAGGAGAGACCCUUCAUUUGCACAGGGUGCAACAGAGGGUUCUCCACUAAGGGGAACCUCAAGCAGCACAUGCUAACCCAUCAGAUGAGGGACCUGCCAUCCCAGUUGUUUGAGCCCUCCAUUCCCAGCCUUGCUUCCAGCCCCAAUUCCUCUGUAAAUCCUCUGGCCUCCCAAAUGAUUAAGCCAGAAGUUAACAGUUUCCUGGGUAGCGUCCCCUAUGGGGAACCAAGGGAUCUUCAAAGCAGUUUGAGUUUGAGGAUGUCAUCAGCCUCCUCCUCCCCAGCGCUCGCUGCCCUCCCACCUCGACGAACUCCCAAGCAGCAUUACUGCCACACUUGUGGGAAAACCUUCUCUUCCUCCAGCGCCUUGCAAAUCCACGAGAGGACUCACACUGGGGAGAAGCCGUUCGCUUGCACUGUCUGUGGUCGGGCAUUCACCACCAAAGGAAAUCUGAAGGUCCAUAUGGGAACUCACAUGUGGAGUAGUGCCCCCACCAGGCGAGGACGCAGACUGUCUGUGGACGGACCAUUGAUGUUUAUGGGAACCCAUCCUGUGAAGCUAUCAGAGCCAAUUCAGAGGCCAGACAUUAGGUCCAGUAAUGGAGACUCCUUUAGUCUCUGGAACCACUGUACAGACUCCUUCUCUAAGAAUUUGGCCUUGAGGACCAAUGACAUCUCAGUCAUCCAGAACGGAGGCGGGCCUUACCUCUCUGGACCAAUGGGGCAUGGGGCCAGCUCACCCAAAGGGAGUGUAAAUGUUGGUCUAGACAAAUUUCCCAGUACAGAACACAAUGCUUCUUUGACGCUGCCUGGGGAAAAUGAUACAGAAAGAUCGACUUACUUCCGUUUCACUCAUUUGAUGGAGGAGAGGAAGGAAAUGAUUGCCAAUUAAAGAGACUGUAUAUUAUUUUAGGGAGAGGGAAGGCUGCUGUUGUUGAUGGACUAGAGCUUUCUUUUUUGAAGGAAAUUAACUGCGAUGUUGGAAUAGACUGAGUUUCUUUGAGUUUGUGUAUAAAUUAUAAUAACUUUAUUUGGAGUCAAGUGUCUAGUAAAGUCUCCCUGCUUUUCAGUGUGCUUAUUAGAGUUUGACUGUUUUUUAUGACCUAUUUACAUGGGUAAAAUAGCCUAUUGGUUGUGUAAUUAUGCUUAAUGUUACGGUUUUAUCAUUCUAAUAGAAUUUUGAGGUGUUGAUUGUGUUAUUGAAGAGGAAUUCACUUGUAACAUACUUUGUCAUAUCUUUGUGAAACACAUGGAUAUAUAAUUGGUGUCAAUAUCAAUGUACUAAUAUACUUUAUACAUCGGGUGGGUCUAAUCCUGAAUGCUGACUGGUUAAAACCGUAUUCCAGACGGUGUCUAUUCCACAAGUUACCACUGGCUAAAUCUAUGAUGUUAAAAUGCCUAUUUACUCUCUUCCAUCUGUCUACACAAUCCACUGUCUCAUCAGCUCAUAAUUUUUAUGGAUAUAUACAAAGAAAUGUCAAUUGAAAAAAGGUCAAACGAAACAAAGUGCAGCUAGUUUGCAGUCUUUCCAGCUUCAGUUUGAAGUGAUUGUGUUAGCUGUGUUGUUGUCUAGCUCCUCUGAACAACAGUGUCCUGGCGUGAGAGCACAUUUUCUAAGGCAGGUGAAAUAGUGCAUCAUUAGCUCAUUGUUAUGGAUGUAUCCAAAUAAAUGUCACUAGAAAACAGCUUAAACAAAUGCAAAUGCAGCUACUAUUGUUAUUCUGGCUGCACUGUUUGACAUGACUGGAAGUUAGCAGUAUGGCAAUGGAACAUUACAAAAAAAGAAUGACUGGGACACGUCCAUAGAUGUAGAACAAAAUGACUGAACGACUGGGUCGCAUCUCUGGCAACCGAACCGAUAGGACGGAGGACCAGCCGGCUUGGGUAGCAACCCUAGAUUUGUGUCAGGACUAUAUCUUGUGGUAGGAUGAAAUAGUAUUAAUAAAUUAAUCAAAAUGAAGUUCAUGAAAAUAUGUCAACCAUUAUUUGAAUAUGCUGGUAACCCGUUGUAUAAAAGUGAUAAUGCCCUCAAAGCCGGUGUUUGGAGGACAUAUUGGACCUAGACAAAGUCUCUGGCCUAACAUCACCCGUGCCAAUAUAUCCCAGAAACACCGGCUUCGAGGGCAUUAUCACUUAAGUAAUUCAUGUUCAUUUACUAUUUCUCAAACACUCACAGCAAAAUAUGACUAAUAUGUAAUAAUGACAUUUCAAAUAAGGAGACAACAUACAUUGCACAUGUAGGCCAACUGUAAAGAGAAGUGCUGUUACUUGAGGUGCUGCAAUACAUUGUAAAUCUUUUUGCCAUUGGUUUUCAGAGAAUGAUUGGCCAUUACACCACUUCUGUACCUCAGUUGUUGAAUAAUCCUAUUCUGUGAUAUGCUGUGGAAACUGUUAUCCUUUCCCCUGUUCAAUAACAAUUGAUAUACAUAUUAAUGUUAAAGGUGGACGUCAAAAUGAAAUAAAAAUAUUGAGAUGGGUUAUA